CCAUAUUAUUCACCCAUUCGUCCAAUUUUCCAAAGCGACUUGUGGCUUUUGUCCAUUAUAUAUAUGGUUGAUUGGAUACAACGAAAAAUAUCAAAACCGAAGCCAUGGCAACAAUGCUCAUAAUACUCGGCUUACUUAUGAGUCUUCUCGUAUCCAUAGAUGCGCAGGUCGGCGUGUGUUAUGGCAGAGUCGGUGACGGUUUGCCGUCACAACAAGACGUCGUCAACCUCUACCGGCGCAACGGCAUAACCAGAAUGCGAAUUUAUGGUCCAGAUCAAGCCACUCUUCAAGCCCUAAAAGGAACCAAUAUCGAACUCAUGAUCGGCGUUCCUAAUGAUGCUCUGCAAUCCCUCAAUGAUCAAGGUGUCGCAAAUACAUGGGUCAGAAACAACAUCCAAAAUUACCCCGAUGUCAACUUCAAAUACAUCGCCGUUGGAAAUGAAGUCGAUCCAAACAACGGGGAUAGUCGAUUCGUUAAUUUUGUACUUCCAGCAAUGCGAAAUGUUCAAAACGCCAUUAACGCCGCUGGCCUGCGGAACCAGAUCAAGGUGUCGACGGCAACCUAUACUGGUCUGUUAGGCGUCUCCUAUCCACCAAGCAAUGGCGCCUUUCGUAACAAUGUACAAGGGUUUAUGGAACCGAUAAUCAGAUUUCUUGCCGGAAACAACUCUCCAAUGCUUGCCAACAUCUACCCCUACUUUGCCAACCCUAUUUCCAAUCUCCCGUAUGCGUUGUUUACAGCGCCAGGAACAGUUGUGACAGAUCCUAAUAAUGGUCUACAAUACUCUAACAUUUUUGAUGCCAUGUUAGAUGCUCACUAUGCAGCUCAAGCGCGUCUUGGUGGGGGGAAUGUGCAGAUUGUUGUGUCGGAGAGUGGUUGGCCGUCGGCAGGCGGGAAUGCAGCGACAGUAGAGAACGCUGGAACUUACUAUAGGAACUUGAUUAGGCAUGUCAGAGGAACAACGGGGACACCGGCGAAGCCUGGAAGGUCUAUAGAGACGUAUUUGUUUGCAAUGUUCGAUGAAAACAGGAAACCUGGUGAAGAGUCGGAAAAACAUUUUGGGAUUUUCUCCCCUGGUCAACAACCUAAAUAUCAAUUGAGCUUCAAUUAAGGAAAAGUAAAAAACGCCAUUUCUGAAGCUAUGAAGAAUAUUCCAUACAUAAAAUAAAGUGGUUUUCCACUGCUUAAUAAAGUGAUGAUGAAGUAAAGAUGCUUAAUUAUCUUUGAUGUUGUUUUUGGUAUCGUUUUGAUAGGGAGUUUAAAUAUAUGUAUUGAAUAGGGGACCAACUUUGUUGUACUUGUAUCCAAUAUCUAAAUAAAAACUUUGUUAAAUAUA